CCUUUCUCCCUCCAUAAUCCAUAGACCAUUGGAAUCGGGUGGAAUUGAACCGUGGCGUUACCAUUCAUAGUCCAUCCAUACAUCUUCGUCUUCGUCUGGGUUUGGUGGUUUGAUGUGAUUUCUGAAUAUAGAAUCUAACACUGCCCACUCCUAGUCUCCUGUUAUUUGUAUACAAUGGCAACUACAGUUACGAAAAUUGUCAAAGCUGUCACACAAGUGUCAACAAAAACGUCAAACAGUGGAGUUGUUCCAGUCUUCAUAGCAAGCCGGCGAACAUAUGGAACUGCUCGUAUCCAAGCUCAGCGACCAGUGGUGGAGAUGGAUGGUGAUGAGAUGACAAGGAUUAUCUGGGCCAACAUCAAAGAGAACCUUAUCUUUCCAUAUGUUAAGGUAGACUGUGAAUAUUACGAUCUGGGCCUACCAUACAGGGAUGCCACAGAUGAUCAGGUGACUAUUGAUGCUGCCAAUGCCAUCAAGAAGCACAAUGUAGGUAUCAAGUGUGCUACCAUCACCCCUGAUGAGGCUCGAGUUGAAGAGUUUAAACUGAAAAAAAUGUGGCUCUCACCCAAUGGAACUAUCCGUAACAUCUUGGGUGGAACUGUGUUUCGAGAGCCCAUUAUCUGCAAGACUAUCCCACGUAUUGUGCCCGGGUGGACCAACGCCAUCGUAAUAGGACGUCAUGCCUUCGGUGACCAGUACAAAGCACUGGACACCGUGGUUACAGGACCAGGCAAACUGGAACUGGUCUACACCAGUCCUGAAGGCAAGCAGGAGAGGUAUCCUGUGUUUGACUUCAAGGGGCCUGGAGUCGGCCUGGCAAUGUAUAACACAGAUGAGAGCAUUUCUGCAUUCGCUCACUCCAGCUUCCAGGUAGCAUUGGCUAAAAAGUGGCCAUUGUAUUUGUCAACCAAAAAUACAAUACUCAAGAAAUAUGAUGGGAGAUUUAAGGACAUUUUCCAGGAUAUUUAUGAAAAGCAAUACAAGGCAAGUUUUGAGAAGUUGGGCAUUUGGUACGAGCACCGGCUGAUAGACGAUAUGGUAGCUCAGGCCCUGAAGUCCAGUGGAGGGUUUGUUUGGUCCUGCAAAAACUACGACGGGGACGUUCAGUCAGAUGUGGUGGCCCAGGGUUAUGGGUCUCUGGGCCUGAUGACUUCAGUGCUCAUGUGUCCGGACGGCAAGACCAUCGAGGCUGAGGCGGCUCACGGCACGGUGACUAGACACUAUCGACAAUACCAGCAAGGCAAACCGACUUCCACAAAUCCAAUUGCCUCGAUCUUUGCCUGGACCAGAGGGUUGGACCACAGAGCCAAGCUGGACAACACUCCAGACUUAUCCAAGUUUGCAAUAGCCCUGGAAGAGGCGUGUGUGGAGUGUGUGGACUCAGGAAAAAUGACCAAGGACUUGGCUGGCUGCAUCCAUGGGCUGCCCAAUGUUAAGGAAGGUAUGUACUUGUACACUGAAGACUUCUUGGCAGCUAUUAAGGAGACCCUGGACAAGAAACUCAAGAACCGUGGAGUGCGAGCCAACUAAACAUUCCCAAUUGUCAUUCGGCUCCCAUCACAUUUGUAACACCUACUUCCUUCUGUCAUUAAAGUUUACUGCAAAGUAAUGUGAUUCAGUAAGUGUUACAUUGCCUAUAUACUCAGAACACGAUGCAGGGUGUUAACUUAAUAUAUUUAUAAAAUUAAUGAUGUAUUUAUAGGAGUAAGCAAGAGAUUAAAGCACAAUUAGACUUGGUACUUAAGACUACCAAGUCUUUCUUGGUAGUUUAAGACUACAGAUCUCACAAAAUCGGUUUAGCUGUUACAAUGCAAGAAUAUUCUAAAUACUUUUUCUCGAACCUUACAAUGCAAUCAAAUACCUUAUAAAAUGUAUGCAAUUGUUUACCAGAUACGCACAAAAUACACUAGUUAUAAAUAAUUAUUUUAAUGAUUGAAUUAAAUUGAAAAGAACCAUCAAGAUAAUUUAAUGGAACGCCCAAGACAGCCAUAAAUUCGACAAACAGCUAUUACCAGAUUUGGUAUUAUUGUGUUUAUUUGUGAUUGUCUUCAUUGCUUUUUCUUCCAAUUUGUCAGAGUCUUCCUAUUCUUGAGCCCCAACAUUAUUACAGCAUUAAAACAUAAUUACGGUAUAAUUUGUUGGUAAUGUAGAAGUUGUUUAUGUAUUAAACCUGUCUACCUCAUGUUGAGGAUAUUUUCAGUAUCAUUCUUUGUGUCGACAUUUUUCCAAAUUAUAUAUUUAGGAUUAUUUGUUGCUAUUGAGCCAAUACUGAUGGAGAGACUGCAUUGAUAGGAAUGUUAAGUGGAAGUGUUGGAGUGUUAUUUCUAAAGUACAACAAACAUGUUUGUGUAUUUAUUUUGGUGCACUUGCCUCUUGUUCGAUCUUGAACUGGAGUCUGAUAUUUGGUCUUAAAUAAUUGAAUGAUGCAAUUUGAACUUAAUAGUGCAUGAAUAAACAUAUCAGAAAAAAAACUCCUUUCUAAUAUGGUAAAUUCUAGAAGGCUGCUGACAUCUUUGAUUGAUAUUGUAAGUUGUGCAUUUUCUUUAUCACAAUAUUAAUGUGUUAUUUGCAUUUAAGCUAUUUUAACGUAGUAUAAUACUCCAUUUAUAUUUUAGUAAAAUUCUCUUACUGUUUAAAAAUAUAAUUGUGUCAGUGAACUGAAAUGCAAAGAAAAGCAAUUGCAUUGCUGUUAAUUAGGUUAGUAUUAUUAAAUAUUAAAUUUAAUAGUAAAGUAUUUUAGUACAUGCAAUUUUGAACAUUAAUUUAUUUUAAUAUUUACUUUCAGAUCCAUAUUUUUUUGUAGAUUCCUUGGAUAUGGAGCAAUCAUUUGAUUUACUGUCAGUCUUAGGGCUCUUAUGCCUCAUUCUAGAAUUAAUGCCAGUGUUCCGUACAUAAGUGACUGUUAAAAUUGUAUUCAUUUUUAGCACAUAAUAAUUAGUUAUUUAAUUAAAUAACACUAGUUUAAAUGUUAUAGCUCUUUAUACUCUUAUGUUGUACAAAGAUAAAAAUUCCUUUCUACAAAUCAAGAGAUACAUUUUAACAAGGCUGUUCUGUAUUUUAAGUUUAUCUUAAAACUGAUAAAUAAAAUGAUUUGUUUGAUUUCUAUAUUUCCAAACUGACAACCUUUCAUCCAAACCUAAAAGGUUAAAACUAAGAGAUUGGAACUUAACUUUACAAAGCUAGAGAUGGUAAAGUUCCAAAAUUCUGAAUUUUAGCAUACUUUUAUUUUACAGCUUUUUAUGGAUUUUGAGUAUUUCAAAUUUAAGUACACAUUUCAAUUUAUGGAUCAAUAAUAAGAUAGAAUUCAAAUAUGGUAAAAUCCCAGUUAACCACACUAGGAUCAAUUGAAACUGUACCAUGAAUGAGGCAUGUACAUAAAUAAGUAACCAAGCAGAAUAGAUUAUAUUCAACAGCAGAACAUUUUGCCCACCCUCCGCCUCAGGUCAGAAGAGUGGGUGCGUGUGUAACACAUCGCUCUAGCGACUGGCUGGGCAUAGAACAUGCCCUUGAGAUGGUUCACACUCCCUCUCCCUCACCAACCGCCACUGCAGUACACCGGCCACCUCCUGCUGUUCCUAUUUGUCAACUCCCUUGCUCCUACCACCAUUUUCAAACUAUAGCUUACAGAAAAUGUUUGUACACAAUUUAUUUCUCUGAUGCACUCAUUCUAAUACGUUAUUAUAAAAUGUAAUUGGUUUAACUGAAAAAUUGGCUAUCCGAAAUGGCAGCACCCUUUUAUUUCAGUUAACCGGAGUUUCACUGCAUUAAAUAGAAAUUGAAUGUAAUUCGCCAAUUUGCUGCAAACUUUAUAAAUUGAAAACAUAUACUCUAAAUAGAAGUAUACUGUUACAGUCAGUUUUGUUUCCCAAAUAGUCUAGAUGGCAAGAACCAAUUUGCAUUGUAUAAACACAAACCCUUGUUUUUCAAGAAAACAUUAGUUUGGUAAGUAAGAGUUGAAGUGGGAUGGUAUCGAAAGGUUAAAAUAUCAUAUAAUAAUUUUUCUCACGUUAUAAUUUUUAGAUUGACACAUUUAAACCAUCAGAUGUAAAUAAUAUUUUUAAAACUGAUAAAUAGACUGAACACAAUUUUCAGCCAAAAGUCGGUCUAUACACGGUUGACUAAUGAUGAUUUAACUUUUAUUCAACAAAAUACUAAGUUGUGUGUUUACACAAUGCAAAUAGACUCUUAUCAAGGGAGUUAGUGAUUUGUACCUGCAGAUUCAUGCAAUUAGUUAUAAUAAAAAACCAGAAGAAAUAAAAUUUGUGCAAAACUACUUUAACACCUUCAAAUUAAACAAUUAACCAAGUUACUAAUAUUCAAUAUAUUAGUAUCUAUAUUAUUAUAUAUAAAAUACUACGUAAAAAGUAAAUCAUUUGACGGGAAACCCCAGUGUAUUCCCAUAAUGGUAAGUGGCUGGCUAUAUACGAUUUCUUGUAAAACCAGAAUAAGAUAGACAUAUUGCUGCUGAUACAAAUGCAUUCCCUAUGAUACCAGGCUGGUGAGUUCGAGCUAUACUUCCCAAGCCUGGUAUUCUGUUUAGCUUUGGAUAAUACAAACAAAUCACUAAAUCACAAGCCUAGUGUAUGUAAUAUUUUUAUUCACAUUUUACCAUUCUUUUGAUUUUUCCUCAUACUUUUUACGUACUUGAUCUAGUUUUUUUAUUAGUUUAUGAUAGCCAAAACGCCAGAGAUUUAAAUGAAUUACGGCACCUGCCAUGGGUUGUACAAUAAACUUCAAUGGGGUACGUAAUGAUGGUAAUAUGGUAGUUUUGUACAUUAUUUUAUCUACGACUUUGUAUGUAGGAUAUCUAGAUACAAUCAUCAUUAUAAUUUUCUCGAUAAUGAAAUCCUACAAGAGUAUUGUCCCAUAAUGGCCACAGUUUAUAAGUUGACCAUACUUGAAGUCAGUCGAACAGCUCUGCAGCCAAUGUAUUAUAACCUAGGGAUUCAAAUUGUAUGUUAAAUACUAUAUACACACAGUUUUAGAGCCUGUUAUAAGGCCGUAAGAAAAAAGUCGUAGAUAAAUUAUUAUUAAUUCUGGUUUAUAAAGAUUGCACUGGAUGCAAUUUUUAUUAUUUAUGGACUGAAUGUUGUGCCAAUUUUAAUACUGACUAUAUUAAAAAUAUAUUAAUUUGUACAUCUUGAA